AUGGCUUUUCUUUGGCAGCUGCCCCAAAGGCUACUCCUGUUGGGGGCAACUGCCUUGACUGUGUCUGCCUUGGGGACAGCGGAUCUGACGGACCUGUGCGGACAGACCUGGCAGGAAGACGCGCUGCAGCUGCGCUCGCACUCGGCUUCACGAAAGUUCUACUUCGUGACUCCGGACACCGACUGCAUUCUGUGGUUGCGUGCUGCAGCUCCUGAAGACAGGAUGCGCUUCCAGUUCCGCUUCUUUCUGGUUUACAGCCUGUCCUCGGCCUCCCGGAUCACCCAGGCUACAGCGGCCACACCAACAACCAAAGCAUCCUCCCGCGACCCGUGCGCACCGGGCUCCUACCUGCAAUUCUACGACGGCCCGCAGGAGGCGCCCCGGGCCCUGGGGCCUCCGAUCUGUGGCCUGACCAUCCCAGCCCCAUUCACAUCCUCUGGGCCCUGGCUUGGCUUGCGCUUGGUCACCAGGGGCCGCCAGCCCCGGGUGGACUUUUUGGGCGAGGUCACCUCUUUCCGCCUGGGGUCUUGCGGUACAUACUUCCGCUGUCAGAACGGCAGAUGUGUGCCCCGGAGCCUCCUAUGUGAUGACUGGAACAUGGACAACUGCGGCGAUGGCAGUGACCAGGACUCCCGUCCCCCAGCCAGCUGCAGAGGUCCCUCUCGGGUGCCCAAGGAGACCGGGACAAUGGAAGAUGACAGUUCUAAGCCUCCGACUCUUCUUGUGGCUCCUGGUUCCGCAGCUGAGCGGACCCCUCCAGAAGGCCUGGUGCCCACCACACAAGAAGUGUCGGAAGGUCCCUGGCUCUGGUGGGCGGCUCUGGCCUCCUCAACGCUACUGACCUGCACUGGCCUCCUCUGCUGCUGCUGCCGCCCAGGCUGGUUGGCUUGGCACCCAGGUGCCCACAGGCUCCGCCUCAGAUGCUGUGCAGCCUGCAAUGUUUGUCACCUAUGUCUUGGCCGGGUGGCUCCUGGGGGUUUGUGGCUGAGCUGGCCGGCUCUCCAGAACCAGGGAGGUCACCGUGAGGGGGCUGUAGUGAUCAGCUGA